AUGCCUAGGUCCUCUGUCAAGGGUCAAGUCAUCGCGGAUCUAGUUGCUGAAUUCACUGAACCCUCUGUAGAAACAGUAACCAAAGAGGAAAACAUGGAUGGAAAAUCGGUUGGCACAAUCUCGGCACGAGAAACCUCGCUAUGGAAAGUCUAUGUGAACGGCGCGGCCAACCAAAAAGGAUCUGGGAUAGGGCUAGUUCUGAUAUCGCCCGAAAGUAUUACCAUUGAAAAAUCACUAAGACUUGGGUUCUCAGCUAUGAAAAACGAAGCCGAGUACAAGGCCUUGCUUCAAGGAAUGAUGAUGGUGCAAAAAAUGGGCGGAAAAGCAAUAGAGGCAUUCUCAGACUCUAGACUGCUCGUAGGCCAAGUGAUGGGUGAGUUGGAAGCUAGAGAUGCUAGAAUGCAGGAAAGUGGGAACACACAUGCGGAUUCGCUGGCCACUCUUGCCAUGUCUUCUGUGCAGGAUCUGCCACGAAUGAUCCUUGUUGAGGAUUUAUGCAAGACAAGUUCAAUCGAAAGGGACACAAUCCGGAUUAGAAGGAAUUCGAGCUGGAUGGAUCCUAUAAUGAACUUCCUCAAAGAUAAUACAUUACCUGAAGGAAAACUGGAGGCCGAGAAGAUAUGGAGGAGUGCUCCUCGAUUUUGGUUGUCAGAGGACCACAAGCUAUACAGGCGUUCCUAUUCUGGGCCGUACCUACUAUGCAUACACCCAAAGGAAUCCGAGUCCUUACUUGAGGAGCUGCAUGAGGGAAUUUGUGGGAGUCACACAGUAGGAAGAUCCCUAGCGCACAGAGCACUCACCCAAGGUCCUUGGCCAUUUGCUCAAUGGGAUCUUGAUAUUGUCGGCCCUUUCCUAAAAGCAAUAGGGAAUAAGCGGUACAUAGUAGUCGGCACUGAUUAUUUUAUCAAAUGGGUAGAGGUUGAACCUUUGGCCAACAUCAGGGAUGUGGAUGCGAAGAAAUUCAUUUGGAAAAACAUCAUUACGUGCUUCGGAACCCCUCACACCCUUAUCUCGGACAAUGGUCUUCAAUUUGAUAGUAAAAACUUCAGGAAAUACUGCUGCGACUUUGGGAUCACAAACCGAUAUUCCACUCCUGCCUACUGCCAAGGAAAUGGGCAAGCUAAGGCCGUGAACAAAGUCAUAGUGAGUGGGCUGAAAAAGAGGUUAGAUGAUGCAAAGGAGAGAUGGGUGGAAGAGCUACCACACGUCUUAUGGACCGAACGACGCCGCGAUGGUCAACGGGAGAAUCUCCUUUUUCAAUGA